UUUCACCACCCUCACAGCAGUAAAACUAGGUUUUUACCUCUCCAGCUUUUACUCCCAAAUAUCACCCCAGCUCUGAACUAAAGAGGUUAAAGUGACGGCACCGUCGCCGUCCGCCUUGCCUGGCCACAGCCGCUGCGUCUUGGCCCUCGUUUUGCCCGCGUCGCUCUUACAUUUGUACUGUUUUUGUCAGUGUAUAUAUAGCACUUUUAGUUGUGUCAAUGGCUCCUAAGCUUUCCAAGGCCGACAAGAAGAUCGCUUAUGAUCGGAAACUCUGUCAGUUGAUCGAUGAUCACACUCAGAUUUUGGUUGCGGCGGCGGACAACGUUGGAUCGAAUCAGCUGCAGAAUAUCAGGAAGGGUUUGAGAGGGGAUUCCGUGGUCCUCAUGGGUAAGAAUACUAUGAUGAAGAGGAGUAUUAGAAUUCACGCUGAGAAGACUGGAAACACGGAUAUUCUCAACCUUAUUCCUCUCCUUGUUGGAAAUGUUGGGUUGAUCUUCACCAAGGGUGACUUGAAGGAAGUCCGUGAGGAGGUUGCAAAAUACAAGGUUGGAGCACCAGCUCGAGUUGGUUUGGUGGCUCCGAUCGAUGUCGUUGUUCCACCUGGAAACACUGGCCUAGAUCCAUCACAAACGUCGUUUUUCCAGGUUCUCAACAUUCCAACCAAGAUCAACAAGGGUACUGUGGAGAUCAUCACUCCGGUGGAGCUUAUCAAGAAGGGUGAAAAAGUUGGUUCCUCUGAAGCUGCAUUGCUCUCUAAACUUGGAAUUAGACCCUUCUCUUACGGUUUGAUUGUGCUCUCUGUUUAUGAAAGUGGAUCUGUUUUCAGCCCUGAGGUUCUUGAUUUGACAGAAGAUGACCUAGUUGAGAAGUUUGCCAUGGGUGUUUCCAUGGUUGCUUCAUUGUCACUUGCUAUCACGUACCCUACUCUUGCAGCUGCACCCCACAUGUUCAUUAAUGCAUACAAGAAUCUUCUGUCUGUUGCAGUCGAAACUGACUAUUCCUUCCCUCAAGCUGAUAAAGUCAAGGAGUAUCUUGCGUGGCCGGCUCCUCCCGUUGCCGCUGCCGAUUCUGGUGCUGCUCCUGCAGCUGCUGCACCGGUGGAGGAGAAGAAAGAGGAACCUGCGGAGGAGUCGGAUGAUGACAUGGGCUUCAGCCUUUUUGAUUAAGUUAAAUGUUGGUUGCAAUUUAGGCCUUCUUAUUAUGAUAGCUUUAAUCCGACUUGUUGAAUCCUUCUGUUGAUAUUAGGUAUAAUAAUUCUUAGGCUUCCACUGGCUUGAGGGUGAGCCCGUUUCAAACCAUAUGCUGCGCAGUUAUGCAUUAUAUCAAGUUUUCAAUACAUCUGGAUUAUAAAA